AUGUUUCCAACUCCUGAUAUCGACACUUUGGUACCAGAGUUGAGAGAAUAUUUUACCGAUAACUUUUUUAGACUUAAUCAAGCCACAAUACGUAAGCUAUUUGUUCAAAUGAAGGAAUAUGCCAAAAAAUUAAUUCGCCCAUGCCAAAAGUUGGUAGGUAAACAAAUUAAAAUUUCAGAAACUCCAAAUAUACCUUUACCUCCUGAUAGAAUAUUCAUGUGCAAGCAGUUAAAUGAACUUGAACGUACUUUCAAUAAAGAUUUUGCAAGAGCAAUAGAAAAUAGAAUCGAAAUGCUAACAGAGAUUAUAGGAAUAUGUACUACAUAUCUUAAUUGUGGCACGGAAAUCAAAAUUAUUCCAAAAAUUAGUUUAUUAAACGUCCCAAUCGGCAGAAUUAUCGCAGAUUCUACAUCAAUCACACGAAAUAAGAUCAGAUCCAUGAAGACACACAUAAUUUCAACAAAAUUACCAGCAGUUCCCCAAUCAGAUGCAAAAGAUAUCGCAGCCAUCGUUGAAUCAUUAAAUAGCGUCAGUGAUCAGGAUACGUGUUGGUACCCCAACAAUGAUGAGUCACAAAGACUAUGCGCUUACAUCUCAAAGUACUAUAAAUUCAAUGAUGAAAGCGAAAUUAAAUUAUUAGAAAAUAUUACGAGUAUUACUGAAAAUAUCCUUUCACAGACAGGUUUAAACAUGGAUUUCUUCCCAAUCAUAUACUUUGCAGUCUACAGAACAUCUUUUGAUACGAUUUAUCCGAGAUUUUUCGGAGACCCAAAAAGUACUGAUUGUAAACUAGUUUUUGAUAGAGAUCAUACAUUUUCAGAAGCCGUUCAACCAGAAUUAGAACAAAUUCAAAAAAUUCUUGUUGAUAUCACUUUUGAAACGAAUCCGAUUGAUAUAGGCUUCCACAUGACAAAGGUUCUUAACAUUAUUGGCACAAUUAUCAAUAAAGAGAGAAAAGCUCAAGGACUUCAGAUUUGUACUUUUAUUUCUGCUGAUAAUGUCAUUGACGCCCUUGAAUCCAUUCUUUAUAUGUACCAGUAUACUUAUAGUUGCUAUUUACUUAAAAUGAUUGAAGUUUUCUGCACUCAUCAAGAUUAUCCAAAUAGUUUCCAGUAUUCUUGCCAAUCAUUUAGGAUUGCUACAAUGGAUAUGAUGAAAAAAUGA